UGAAAGAGGGAUUCACUUUUAAUAAGAAUAAAAAAGCCUACAAGAAAUAUUAAUCUUAUUCUUCCUGUUUUUUUAUCUUUUAUUUUUCCGUGUCAAACAAACCGUUUUUCCACAUGUGUAACUGCAAAAAUAGAAUUCAUGAAUUCAUGAAGUCGUACAGGCAUCGAGAAAUAAAGGGGUAUAUAUUUUCAAACCGUCGAAUGGCUAACGAUCAUGCUGCUUCAGUGGUUCUGGGGUACACAAACGUGAAUGAACCAUACAAGCUUUCCGUGGAUUCUAGUUCACACUCUAGAAGGAAGAAGAGAAGAAUAUUUAACGGGACAAAUGAACAACAUUUGCGGGACCAAAAUAACCCAUAUGAUCAGCACCGAACCGUUGUAGCGUAUGGGGACGCUUCCCUAAGUGGGACCUUUAAGAAGCAUACCCCUAUACCAGUAAAGAAAAUUCAGAGAGCAAUCGCUCAAAGAGCUCUUGUUAUACCAGUUGAUGAGUACAAUACAUCCCAGAAAUGCUGUCACUGUCUCCAACAAACAAGAAACAUCAAUUAUUCUAAAAUUUUGUACAUGCAACAACCAAGACUUAAAUGCAAACAUAGAAAAAUCAAUUACAAGUACCGUGAUGAAAGAAGAAAGCAUCUCAAAUGUGUUGACGAUGAAGACAACAUUUUAUGGAACACCACGGAUUGUUAUGAACGAGAAGAAAGUAAAAAAUCUUGCGCUUAUUGCAUGGUGACUGAUACUGAAAAUUUGUUUAUAUUUAUUAUAGGAGCCUUCCAAAAUGUUUACCCUCUGAAAUUGUGUCAAAAUUGCCAACGAGAAGGGUCGCCCUGUGUAGGUCUUUUUGUUCAAAUUUUUAUCCGCAACAGCAUUCGACUAAUACGUUUCCCACAGAUAUGGAACAGAGACAUUAACGCUUCCUGCAAUAUCAGAACGGUAUUGACGAGAUACAUAAGAUUAGAUUUUGAUUUAGAUUCCAGGCAGCCACAAUUGACAAGAACAAGACAAGAUGACCAAUAAAUUAUAAUUACGUAGGCACUAUUCCUUGUACAUACACAUAUACUUAUAUACUUGAAUCAAAUAUAUUUCUGAUAAAUACGUACUAUAUAGCAUUUAUUAUCCAAUAAUAAUGCAACCAUUGUAUCGACAUAAGGUAUAGCAUGUAUAAAUACUUUGAUCCAUCUACAAUACAUAUCAAUGAACGUAGUCGAAUUAGGUUACACGGUCAUAAUCCACAAUAAGUCCUCAUUAUUUAGGGACUAAGGCUCAUCCAAAAGACCUAAAAAUUAGAUGGAGUUUGUUCUAACGCGAGAAUAAAUGUAGUCAUCAGCUUCAAAAACCG